AUGCUCUUUCAGGAGUCAGAAGAAGAAAAUAUGUAUAUUACGAGUAAAUACGAACCACCGACUGACUUUGACACGAUCACUAUCAAUACGACCAAUGUCUCGACUAACUUUGGCACGAUCUCUCCCACAACGAAUGUUCCUACAAAUAUUAGUAAAUACGAACCCUCGGCUGAUUACGACACGAUCGACGCGAUCGCAACCCCUACGGAAAACGUUUCAGUUGACCUUGACAUGGUAACUGUCCCUGUAACCAAUAUUACCAAUAUUCCUGAUAAUUAUGGCACGAUCACCCCUAUGGCCGAGGUUCCGGAAUUCUUUUUACUCCCCGAAGUAGAUAUAAAUACCUGCAGGGUUCUACUAAAACCAUACUAUCCUCGUUCGACUUUCUCUGCUGAAUCUAAUUCUUCAGCACUUCGAAAAGGCGAUCAUAAAAGUAACGAAGGCCCUCUAAUAUACUAUGAACCAAAUCUAACACCCGAAACUUUGGCAGAAACAAAUGCUAAAGUUACUAAAAACAUUGAACACCAACUUCGACAACCUAAAGGAGAUCCACGAAUAAAUCGCGAAUAUGCACUGAGUCUUAAUGUCAAAAGACAAAAGUAUUGCAAAUCAUUGCAAGUUCUUGGCUAUGAG